UUUAAUCGACGAAUCAGAAUAAAUUACUAUUCUACUAAUCCAACCCUGGUUCCAACCCAUUUCAUCACUCCGCUAAAAUCCAGUUCCGUUUCUUUUUUCGUGAACCCACGCUUGACAAGAAUUGUCAAAAAUGGGUCGCCGACCGGCUAGAUGUUAUCGGUACUGCAAAAACAAGCCAUAUCCAAAAUCACGUUUCUGUCGUGGUGUUCCCGAUCCUAAGAUUCGAAUUUUCGAUUUGGGAAAGAAAAAAGCAUCGGUGGAGGACUUUCCACUGUGCGUUCAUUUAGUUUCGGACGAAUAUGAACAAUUGAGCUCCGAGGCCCUUGAAGCGGGUAGAAUUUGUGCGAACAAAUACAUGGUGAAGAAUGCUGGAAAAGAUCAGUUCCACAUAAGAAUGCGAUUGCAUCCAUUCCACGUUAUUCGAAUUAAUAAAAUGUUAUCGUGCGCUGGAGCUGAUAGGCUUCAAACUGGAAUGAGAGGAGCUUUUGGAAAGCCUCAAGGAACCGUUGCCCGUGUUCAUAUUGGACAGCCAAUCAUGAGCGUCCGUUCUUCCGACCGUUACAAGGCUCAGGUUAUCGAGGCAUUGCGUCGUGCGAAAUUCAAGUUCCCAGGCAGACAAAAGAUCUACGUCUCCAAGAAAUGGGGCUUCACUAAAUAUGAGCGUGCCGAAUAUGAGGAUUUGAAAAACAAUGGCCGUCUUGCACCUGAUGGUUGCAAUGUCAAAUAUCUACCGGAACAUGGUCCUCUAGCCGCCUGGAAGAAGUUCCGUGAAAUACUAUCUGAAUAAGUAUAAAUAUUUGUAUUUUUCAAUAUCAAUAAAAGUGAAACUUUUUACAUCACGUUGAUAUUUAAAAACAAAA